UCGGGUAGCGGCGACAAAUGCACCGCAGCGGUUACAAUACACAGCGGCUGUAACGCAAACAGGGGAGAAAGAGGGGCAGAGGACGAAGAAUGACGACGCUGCAGUGUAGAUGCAUGGCAGAAAAGAAGUUGUUUCGGCGGGAACUUGAUUCUUGGCGUUACAAAUUGAUACACUGCGUCGGGUUUGAAAGCAUUCUGGAGGGAAUUUAUGGCCGGCUGCCGAGAGACCUCAAUUUAUUUCAUGACUGUGAACCGGAAGAGGUAGAUGACUGGUCUCCAGAAUCAAACUGCUCUCCGUGCUCUUUCUGCAACGUGCUCCUGGACAAAUCUAGUGAUCAAGCACCUGCAGCCACGUCGCCCCUCUCCUCCCCCUCUGAUUACUCACCUUGUCAGGCCCCAACCAUCUCUGAGAGCACCCAAUCAGCACACAAGUUCCUCCAAGCUGUGUUCCACAAGAAAGAUGUGCACCUGAGCAGUGAUUCCAACAUACCUCAGAUUGCUCAGGAGCUGAUGAAGAAGAUGAUAACCACAUUUGCUAAGGAGUAUGCAUCCAAGUGCCUGCUCCACACCAAUACAAAUGGUGUCACAAGGACCUCAUCACCCUUGUCUGACGCGUCCGAAGCAUCUGACGCCCCUCUGGACCUCACAGUGAACCGAACUCAGGAGGAGAACACGAUCGAAGAUGGUGUGCUGGACCUCUCCAACCGGAACUCUGCCUGCUCAACAACUUCGUCAUCAUCAGAGAAUCACAGGGGAUCAGGCUCCCUGGUGCCAUCUUUCACAGAAGACCUGGCAGGUCAGCAACAGCGAGGGACUAAGUUUGGUCAAUGUUCCACAUUGGAUGAUGUUCUGAGUUCUUUCUGCCCAGCUCACCAAUCCUUAAUCUACCAAAUCCUCAAGUAUGCUUGCCAUGAAAAAGAGACUCUCAGGAACGAAAGGGACACUGUUUUAUGUUCCAAGAAGCUGCAUUGCACUUCGUGUCAGAGUCUUGUUGCAGCCUCUCCUGCAUCGUGCCAUUCGCCUUGCAUACCCUCUUCUAAUUUAUGCUCGUCCUCUUCCAUAUGUUGUGAGAAACGCAGCUUCCACUCUUGCCCCAGUUGUUCCAACCACAACUGUCUUGUCCAAAUCAAGAAAACAACAGAUGGAGAGGUAGGAGAUGGAGACCCUCCUUGUCCUGUCCUGAAGAGAGAGCAGAGUCCCUCUCCUCCCCCUCUUUCCCCAAUCCCGUCAGAUUUCGGUAAGAAAUGUGAUGAAAACCCACCCUCUCUGCUUCACCAAGAGGAGGAUGUUGAUCUCAUGGUACAGAGUUUUGUAACUGCAAGCUAUGAAGCCUCAGAUGUCAAUGCAACUACAGAAGUUGCUGAAAGUAAGAUCGCUGAAAGAAGUCAGGCUGAUAAGAAUCCAAGUGGGACUUCACUGCAGGAUGUCAUGGAUCGUUUUAGUGAGAAACUGGAGACAAUAACACCUCUAGACAAGGACCCUACUCUGGUUUCCACGGCUAUCUAUGUUUCUGAAAAGGAGCAGCCGUUAUCUCCCUCAACCAGCCACAACCUGCCUUUUCGUGCUGAUGCCCAUGUCACUGAGAUCAUCACCACAGUGCUUCGCACAAGCAGUCCCAGUGAUUACAGCUUGAGUGAGCUGUUUAGUCGCCAAGACAAAGAAUCCAAGUCACCCGUUACUAGAUCCCGUCAUCGCCAGAACGUUGAAAAACCUAAAUGCACCCCUGAGAUACAGAACAACAAUGACCAACAAAGUUCAAUGGACAAAAGUGUACAAAAACAGGUGAAUACAGUGGCUACAAGCUCAGCUAAACGGUGUGUUUUGUCCUGCAAAGAAGGUGGUGAGGGUUGCAGUUCUACAAAUGACAAAAGCCACAAGGGAUCCCCAUCAAGUGAAACCACUGAGGCUGAAAGAUCAGGUAAAGGGAAAGCUUGUGCUAUUAAAGGGAGAGUGUGCCAUCUGCUUAACAUUUCUGAGGGUGCAAGAAGAUCAAGGAGAAAUAUAGUCCCUCCACCGCGGUUCUCCUCCUAUGUCACAGAGCCCAGACGUAUGUUCUUUGUUGCGUGUUUCUCUGAACCUAUCUUCAAUCAGAAAGCACAAAAGGACAAGGCUUCAUCUAGCACCAAUCAUAUGUCAUCCAAAGAUCCAGAUGCUAAGGAUACCAACGUAGAAUCCAGAAAUGACGUUUCUUUGUCCUCAUGUGCGAACACAGGGAAGCUUGCCUUUCAGUCAGCAGAAAAAGGAGAUGAACUAUCUCACAUGGAAGUGAAAAGUCAAAGCCAGGUCACUCCACAGAUUGUGACUGCGAAAGACCAAAGUCCUAAAAAACAUCACUCAGGCAAAGAGAACAAUAGUAGUGACAGUGUUGUCCCUCUGUUAGGACGGUUACGAUCAGCAUCAUCAAAAAGAGUACAGGACUCAUCAAAUAUGGAUGUCCCUAUAAAUUCUGAUACCUGUCUUGAGAGUCUUAAAAAUUCCCAAGUCCAGUACACUAGUCCAAUUAAACUUAUGUUUGUAUCACCAGUAAAGGAUAACGAGGGAGUUAAAUACAGUCUCAAAUCAGCAGGCUCUGGUUCUGGCUCACAAACAGAACAUUUUGAUCCCUGUGAAGAGUCUUCAUGGUCAGGGACACUUCAGAAGCACACAACCCAGAGCAAAAAGCCUGCAAUAUCACAAGUAAAAUCAGUUGUCUCACCACUAAAAUCUUCUGCCUCAUGCACAAGGUCUUCUUGUUCCCCAACCAAGUCAUCUUCUUCACCAGCCAAGUCUGGUUCCUCAACACGCAGGUCUGCUUCUUCACCUGCCAAAUCUGGUUCCUCAACACGCAGGUCUGCUUCUUCACCUGCCAAAUCUGGUUCCUCAACACCCAAGUCUCCUUCAUCACCAGCCAAGUCUGUUUCCUCAACACGCAGGUCUGGUUUUUCAACACCCAAGUGUGAUUUGUCACCUGCCAAAUCCGGUUCCUCAACACCCAAGUCUCUUUAUUCACCAUACAAGUCUGAUUCUUCAGUAUCGAAGUCUUCUUCCUCACCAAGCAAAUCUGCUUCCUUAACACGCAGGUCUGCUAAUUCACCAUCCAAGUCUGGUUCUUCAACACCCAAGUGUGCUUUGUCACCCGCCAAAUCUGGUUCUUCAACACCCAAGUACGGUUCUUCACCACGCAAGUCUCCUUCUCUGCCCAGGUCCCCUUCCUCAUCACCUAAAGAUGCUUCCAGAGGAUCAGGUGAAGGUACUCCAACUAAGCGCGUAGCUGGAGCUGACAGCCAGGGAUUAUCAGGUAACUCGACUUCUUUUCAUGAAACCACUCCACCAAAAAGGCGUCCUGGGCGUCCGAAGAAACUGGGACCACAGCUGGAGCAAAAAGCAAAAAGGCCAAUUGGCCGACCCCGUAAGCAGAAGACUUUGGAUUCCGAACCUAAAAAUGGUAAAAUGGUAAAUGGUAAAUGUCAGUUGGCACCUAAUAUUGAGGAGAAUACAACUAAAAACCUCAAGAUAACAGUCGUAUAUGGCCGUUCGAGGAGAAACAAACGAUUGGUGUCAGAGGGCUUUGACCAGCUGCAAACAGAAUUUAAUGACGCUUGGCGAGCCGUAAGUCUAUUGCACAACUCUAAGACCAGCUCAGGUAGUAUUAAAACAACCUCAGAGGAGUUGGAUUUUGUCAGACCAGCGAAAAGGCCUGCUCCUCAAUCUGGCAGUAACAUCAAAUGUCAAAAGCACGAUGAUUCUGUUCGCUCAAGGAAACCAGGUAGACCUGCAAAGGUUAAAAUCUCUGGAAUCUCAGUCACAGUGACCACAGUGUCACCUCGGCAACGUAAAAUUCAAAUCAAUAAAGAGAAUAGGCAGUCUCCUGAAAUGCUGGCUCCUAGGAAAGAACUUCUACAAGACUUCAUGUCUGCCAAAGAGCCCAGGACAAUCAGUCAUCAGUUAAUGAGCAAAAGGGGUCAAAAAGAAGAAGGGAAAGAAACAGAGGAUGGUAGUAAAGAUGAACUCCCCAAUCAGCCUGUAGUACGACACUCCAAGAGAGUGAGAAAGCCAUCAAUACACUUUUUGCAUGCUGUUGCCACCUCUACAUCAUACAGCCGCAGCAAUGCGCUGGUACGACGCUCUAAACAACUUCUUUUAAACAAGGCAAACAGUGAAAGGAGACAGGAUGAGCAGCAAAGUAGUUUCGAAACUUCAGGUGAGAAGAGAAAGUCAUGUGGACCACAGAAGAAGGGCGUUUCUCUAGACGUAAGCAGAUUGGCAGGGGUAUCUGUUGAUUCGAUCUUUAGGUCUAAAGAGACAUUAAGGUGGUGGGCAGCAUCAGCUGAGGAAAAGACAAUGAACCAGGAGCUCGCCAGACGAAUACAAGUCAUCUCUGACACUUGGGUCUCAGACGCUGUGGACAACCAAGAAAAAGAAUUGGCCCUCGAUUCUAAACUAGGCACUAAAGACAGCAGUUUAUUUGCCAACAAUUCAAAUCAUUCCUCUGUGGUCCGAACACUGUUUGACUGUUCGCCCAACAAACCAAGGUCCUGUAGCAUGCAGCAGAUCUGCUCCUGGUUUAUGGAGACCACCGAGACACAAUCUCUGGCCAUUGUCAAGAAGGCAAGCUCCCGUAAUCGUUACGAACUUAUGCACUUCCCUCGUUCUGCUAAUGCAAAAAGUGUUUGCCACAGUCCUCAGGCAGAGCGACUCCGCAAACACAUCAAGAAGUUUGCCAAAAUGGUGCCAAAAAGCCCUUUACAGCAUCAGAAGGCUCAGAGACGGCUGAGGAAGAGAAACAAAGCAGCUGUGUCAACACACAGACGACAACUUUUUACUUUCAGCAUUGCAAGCAAGCGCACUCGCCAAGUCCAGCCGUUGAGAGGCAAAGCAUUUAGUAUAUAUCAAGCCACUCUGGUUAGAGCAAGGACACGUUUUCUAACCCGGAAAGAAAGGGAUAGGUGGCAAAAUGGGAAUGGGGACAGGAGAAACAUAAAAGCAGUAUCAUGUUGUAGAAAUGAACGUAUAGUAACUGGACUACAAUCUAAACGUAAAGCAUUAUACACAUCCACAAACGAUCGGCACUCUGUUGGUUUGGAAAACAGUUCUGCCGCCUCUUCGGUUAGCCAAACUCGGGAACUCGUGGAUGUACACAAAGAGCAGAACCUCUGCUCCAAAGCCUGGGGUCCUGAAACGCUGAAAGAAUGCCGGGUGUUUCUAAGGAAGAUCAACUCUCCUGAUAGCGAAUCGGCUGAGGAAGAGUGGGACUCUUGUACUGUGACACUGGAAGGGUCACCUUCUGCAUACCUCUUUGCAGAACAGGACAGGCAACUGGUAAGAUAUGUUAAAGCUGUGAAAACUGAAAGAAAAAGGAGCAUUAAUAGGAGGACUGCCUCAAAAGAGUUGGCAGAUUCUGCACCAAAAUCAGUCCAGGAGCAGGAAGCAAAGCCAGCAGGGAGGCAGAAAAGAAAAUUCAAGAGUCCCAGGGUUGCGUCUACUGAACCACCACAACCACCACCAGCGAAAAUCUUGAGACAAUCUCGAAUGAGGGGCCUGACUGGGCCGAGAUGGCGUGACUUUGUCCUUGAAAGCUAACUGAAGCAUGAGGCCUCCUCUUCCUGGGAAAGGGACUGUGGUUUAACGUGGUGCCUUUGGACUUUGUGCUGACCACGUAGGCUGGCCAUCUCAGUAUGGUUCAGUCUUACAAUCAGCAGCUAUGUAGCAGUCUAACUUAAAAGCUUGAUGUUGCACUAUUUUUAUCCAUGGAUAUGUAUGUACAUUUUGUCAUCUUGCCUUUGUCUUUCUGAAGGUGUAUAGUAGAUCAAUAUAAUAGUUACUUCAGAGUUUUAAUGGAAAGAGUGCUUAUACCGUGAACCCUGUCAGAGUGGUCAUAGAGGAAUGAAAGCUCGACUGCCAUCUCCCUAAAAAUGUACCUUUACUGAUACUAAGACCAACACUUCUUCUCGGAAAUGAGCCCUUACUGUAUAUCUUAACCUGACAUUUAUCAUAAUUUUUACUACUUUAAGCCACAAUGCCAGCUCUAAAACCCCCACUUAUUUUAUUUAUAGUGACUCGUACUUUGGCACUGUUUUGAAUGUUUAAUUUGUAAUUUAAUAUUUGCUUUUGUAUUUUAGGUUUGCUUAAAGUAUAUUGGAAUUUGAUUUGAAACUUUCUCUUAAUCCGAGCCUUUUGUUUUCUCUACUGCUGUCGUAAACAAGUAGCCAAAACAGGCUUUUAAUGAAGGAAUCUUUCAGUUCACUUAACACCCAAUCUUAACUCCAGUAGCUAUCUGUGAAAAGGCCACAGCUGUAAGAGUGUGUCUUGAAAUGCACUAAUUGGCCUGUACUAAAACCAAAUAUUUGAUGUCAUGAGUUCUUUUUCAAGAGCAUUUACAGUUGUCAAUUCCCCACAAAAUGCAGAGGUGUCUGUGAAGUGACAAAGAAAUGGCAUUAUGCAGUUGUAGAACAUAGCUUCUGGUUAAUUUCAUGGUUUGUGGGAUCUUUCUUGUUUUUAUUCAGUUAUCUUUCUAAGAACGUAUUGUUUUCACCCAAAGCAUAUACUGUAUGUUGCUGUCAGAUCGACUUUUUGCACUAUUGAGCCCCUUUCAGACGUGAUAUAUGCACCGCUGGCUUUUCACUGGCUUUUCGUUAAAGUGCUGACAUCCUGUCAGUCAGACGUAGGGUGCUUUUACAUUAAUGUUUCUCACAAUUUACUCCUAUUUAAUCUGUGAUUUUUUUUAUUUUAUUUUAUUUUAUUUGCGCUUGUUGUUCACAAAUAUUUAGCCAGUGACUUCCCAACUUUGAAUGACUAGAAUUUUUACAUUUUAUUCAGUAUGAUGUGAAACCGACGACUGAGACCAUAAAAUCAUCUGAAAAACUGAGCUGUGAAGAGGGUGUGGGCGUUUGUCUCAUAGAUUUAGGCACGAUCCUAGAGACAGGUUGGCGACCACCUGGCGACCACCUGGCAACCACCGGUUACUGGGGAAAAAUGAGUUUUCCCUGACCGGUUGUUUAACUAUUAAUUGCUGCUGUUGUCACUAUGAACAGGGUAUUUUUCUUAAGCGUGUGCAUUGCACGUAUAAGUAGCUGCAGACACCACUGACGAGUAGCAUUUCCUGUUACUUUCUGCACAUGUUGUUCGUAAACUGCAGCAUCUCAGCGGGCAAGUCUAUGUCAUCACUGCAAAUUGGCAGGCAUGCAGAUGUCUUGCACACCAUCUGCUGAUGCAAUUUACAUCACUCAAACUUGCCGACGUGGGAUGUGGAACGCACCCAUUACUGCAUAUAUCCUGCUGAGAGAGCUGUACCCUGCCUCUCCUGCACAGGCUCAGAGAGAUGUUUGCUGUUGUUUCAAAACAGAGUUGGCGAGAUAAAAUCUCAUUGUGUACCUGGUAUUUCUGUUCAGGUCUUUCACUUGAGAGCUCAACAACUCGCAGGUCCACACGAUACGGUCGCUGUCCUAAUCUUGCGAGUUCCUUUUAGGUUGCAAUGCGACGCAUGCAGUGUAGAAGUUGAUACACUAAUGUUUCAAGUUCAACAUUAGUAAAAGCUUUGCCGUCAUGGCUUUCACAGAAGAGUGACCGGGAUCUUCCUUUGCACAUGAAACCUACAUGUUUUCAUGCUGUCAGAUCAAAGGGGAAGAGUGCAUGUCUGAAAGGGGCUCUAUAUUUGAGAUUAAUCCCACUACGCAGAUUCCUCCUCCCAUAUUUUGCACAUCCCAUCUCCCACUACCACUCCUCCCCCCCCCUUACUGUAAAACUAGAAUCUGUUUGGUGCAAUACAAAUCCAGAUGAUUUAUCAGUAUGUAGUAAUUAUUUUAUUGCUGACAGACGAAUGGAUGUACAUGAGUACCAGUGGCCUGGGAUGUUACUUCAGUUGUUUCCAUAGCCAUGUAAUGUGAUCUUAAAGGAUUCUGCUAUACAAACUAUGUUUGCCCACCUGCAUUGGUCUCAUCAGAGAAACAAAAAUAUAAGAAUUUUUUUUUUCCUCUUACACGUAAUAGCAUUAUUUACUUUUUAAAUGUUGAGUUGUCACUGUUUCCCUGGAUUUUCUGUUAUUUUCUUAAGUUGCAGCAAGGGACGCCUACCUCCACAGGAGCUCAGCUAGGGCUAGGCCUGAGAGUUGAUGGGGUAACACUAAUCUUGGAUCAAUGUCAUUGUUUUUCUGCCAUCUGUUCAGAGACGGGCAGAUCCAAGGUGUCCAGCUGUAGGUCAAAAACUUCACCCUUUAGGGUGUGUUGUGCCCGACUACCGUUGUAUGCAUGUCACUAUGGUUGCCAUUUCAACAUGAAGGAGGUGGGCAAGUCUCUGUCAUGUGAUAAAUAACCAUCAGCCCUUUGUUUGUUGAAGAACCUGGUGCUAUACAUCUGUUGUAUAUUUUCUUUAUCAUGUUUUUAUACUGUUCAAUACAGAUGCAACAAACAGGUGUCUGUGACUGACCCAAUAAAGAGUCUUUUGAGAUA